AUAGCACGUACGAGCCCCGCCCAUCUACUUGUAUGCGCAAUGCGCAUCAAAUAGAGGAGUACAGAGCAGUGUCCAGCUAUCAUACUACCUACCGAUGGCAGCUUGUAGCGAGGACAGAUCUACGGGGCUGGAGACUAUUCGUGAGAGGAGUGAACUGGCCAGCAGGCUACUGGUGCAGGCACAAAAGUUGAGACUCGGAAGAAACGUAGGAGGUGUCCAGCGGGUCGAGAGAAAGAUCAAGGCUGAGAAAGGUUUCCUGGACUCUAUUCUGAGUGGGCAUACGGCUCUCAGAGACACUCACCUCAGUUCAACCAACCUCACCCACAUCCAGUCAGUGCUGGAGAUAGCGCUGGAGACAGAGGACCUCGCGGCAGUCCAGCAGUGCUUCACACUAGUCCCUGGCCUCGGAAUGACCCCUGUGAGUGUCCAAGUAGAUGUGGUGGUUGCAGGAGGAGGGAGAUGGGUCAGAGUCUUCUGUAGGAAAAGAUCUGCACUCCACCGCAGGUGGCUGGGAGAUGGACAGUUUGGUGAUAAGUCAGUGGGUGACAUAGCCACAGAGUAUGUAGAAACUGGGAAACAGAACUUGCGCAAGUUCCAACCUCCCAGAAUAUCCUUCGUCUUCUUUGAUGGAAUCACAGAGAGUGUCUCAGGUGUGCUAGAGAGCAAUGGGAUAGAGGUGGUGGGUCCAGUCUAUCCAGAUGAGGCCACGGAAGACACACCCUCUUUUCACCACGUGAUGUCACUGGUCAGGGAAGGACUUAGAGAAGGAGAAUUAUCUCACUGUGACAGCAGACACCUUGUCCAGAGACCUGUGGCUAGACUGGAACCUACAAACACCGACUGUGAGCGUGUGAACCUGGAUGUGUCGUCAAUGUUGGCCUGGGUCUCCUCCCUGACUCAUGGUGGAGAGAUGUACACUCUCCAGGAGAGGAUACUGAAUGAGCAGGCAGAGCAAGAACGCCAGUCUCCACUGUGGCCUCAGCUACAGAGAGCUACCAGAGGUGAUUGACACUAUUGUUACUGUGCUUCUUUGUGUGUUCAGGCUAGGGAAACGAUUGGUGAGAUUGGGUGUGCAGUUGAUGCUUGUGUUGGUGUUUGUUCCCUUACUUUGUAUGUGUUGGUAAGAAACUGAUGGCCUGUCGCACAGCAGCUGAUGGGUUUUCAGACAUAGUGGGGAAGGUAGGAGGAGAGCAGGAAAAGGCCAGGGCAAGAUCUCUGUUGGCUAUGGUUGAGGUAGUGGAUGACUGCCCAUCACCGCGAGCAAUGACACUGUCUGUCAGUCACAGAAUCACCCCCAGAGCCAAGAUAGUGUUUGGCAGUGGAGACACACUCCGUACCUUGACACUCACUGCAAAUGGAGGUUUUGUUAGGGCAGCAGCACACCAGGGGGUGCAUUUCGAGGUGUGUGUUCAUUCCUCAAGAGCACUAACAGAGGCCAAGCAGCAGUCUUCAGUGUUAGACAAUACUUGAACUCAGAACUAUUGCUGUUCUUGUUCUAUUAUCUUAAUGUUUCUGACGAGGCACGGUCAUACUGAA